AUGCAAAGGUCGCGAACAAGGGUAUCAGUCCUCUUCCUCAGCGCAACGUUCAUCCCCCUGGAUCUUCUCUCAGAGACAGGGAUGUUGGGGUGUAGAGUUGCAUCUACUCCUAUUGAGCAGAAUCAUAAGAUGAGUGCCGAGGGUGGUGACCCAGUGGGUAAAGAGCAAUAUCAAAGAUUAGUUGGGCGACUUAUAUAUUUAUGUCAUACGAGACCUGAUAUUACUCAUGCCGUGAGUGUGGUGAGUAGAUAUAUGCAUGAUCCCAGAGAGCAGCAUAUGGAGGCAGUUCGCAGAAUUCUUAGAUAUAUUAAGGGAAGCCCAGGAAAGGGGUUGUGGUUCAGAAGUUCUGGACAUCUGAGAAUUGAAGGCUACUGUGAUGCUGAUUGGGCGGGUUGUAUGGAUGAUCGUAGAUCCACUACAGGCUACUGUGUAUUUGUUGGAGGCAAUCUCGUAUCUUGGCGUAGCAAGAAGCAAGAUGUGGUGGCUAGGUCUACAGCUGAGGCAGAGUACAGGGCUAUGGCAGUUGGUCUGUGCGAGUUGAUGUGGGUCAAAAACGUAUUAUUUGAGCUGCGCUUGUUUAGAAGAGACUCCUUACAACUUUGGUGUGAUAACAAAUCGGCAAUUAAUAUUGCAAAUAAUCCAGUUCAGCAUGAUCGCACCAAACAAAGAGCAACUGAAUUGAGGAGUUCUUACUUUGAGCUAUGUGAAAUCAGAAGAGCAGUUAGCUGA